UCGACGAUAGCGGGUCGCCAUGAUUGGCAAUCCAAGCAUCUACCUAAUUUAAAUCCCCUCCUGACCGACCGACCGAGCAAGGAGAAUUCACGGAUAUAAACAACGCCUUGUCAGCUCUCUUCAUUCCCAGAGUUACAAGGCAAUCCCUCUUCAACCAUGGCGUUCACCAAAGUCGCGUUGCUCUCUCUUCUUUCGCUGGUCGCGGCCAGGGACGCGCUCCAAAGCCCCAUCGAAAGCCCUGUUCUCGGCGAAGUCACCCCACAGGGCUGCUUCAGUGCCCUCCCCAGUGAAGCCGAUGGACGAUCCGACACCUUCAACAGCGUCGGCUCAUGCGCCGACUACUGUGAGGAACAGAACAAGACGGUUGCGAUACUCAAGGGUGUAGAGUGUAUUUGCGCUGAUAUCUACCCCGACAAAUCUGCCAAGGUAGACGACGACAAGUGCGACACGCCUUGCCCUGGAUACGCCAAAGAUGCCUGUGGUGGAAAAGAUGCCUACAGCGUUUUCAACCUCGGUGUGAACUUGUUGCCUGGCAAUGAGGGUGACAAGAGAUCCUCGGGCUCAACUGCUAAAUCGACGGGUUCGACCAAAACUGCUGUUACGACGACUGCGACUGAAGUCUCUACCGCCAACGCUGAGACGACUUCUGCGCCUACGACUGAGGCUGAAGAGACAACAUCCGUUACCAAGCCUGAGAAGGCUUCCGCGACCGAAGCGACAACAAGCGACAGCACUGCGGUGUCUACUCCCAGCGCAUCAGCAUCAUCUGUCCCCGGCAACGCUGCGCGCAGACUUAAUAACCCCAUCGGCAACUUGGUUGGACUUUUGCGACAUCUGCUAUAAUGGUGGACUGGCGAUGAGAGAUUGGGGGGUUGGUCUGCCGUGGAUGGCAUCAAUUGAGGAAUAGAUUGCCCCAGAUCAUAGGAGAUCAUAGAGUAUUAUGACGAUGCACACAUGAUAGACUUAGGCUCAUGCAGGAAUUAAUCAUAAAACUUUGAGCUAUUG